ACGCGCGCGCACGACACACGCUCGUAACGUCGACACACGCGGAUUGACAUACGACGCAAAUUUUUUCUUCACCGAAAAAAUAAUUAAAAUAAUUAAUUUUGAUUGGUUCGUCCAGAUGAAAGUCAUGGAUAAGUCUUUAGAUGACAUAAUCAGGGAAAGGAAAACAUCUAAAACUUCUGUCUUUCAGAACCGUUUGGGGAGGGGGAGAGGUAGAGGGGGAGCAGGUAUAAGCAGGGGUGGGAGAGCACCUCAAGUGAACCCCAGGGGCCAGAACAGAGGCAGGGGUAGAGGCAGUUGGCAAAAACAACAAUUCCAGGAAAAACCACCAGUGAUCGUUGAUGCAAGACAGAAGCUGAUCCAGAAAGCCCACCAAGGUGAUGCCCGGGACCGACUGGCCAAGAAAGCAAGGCAGACCGAUGCAAGGGAGAAGCUGACAUCGAGGAAGAGGAAUGCAGAUGGACAGGUGGUGGGGCAACCAAGGAGUGGUGGAGGGCAACUGGGGAGUGGUGGGGGCCAACCGAGGGGUAGUGGGGAGCAACUACAAUCUCCUAGUGCCCCUCAGAGCAGACCCCUUGCCAGAACAGUGCCAAAUUUGGGUUCAACCUUUACUGUGCGUAACCCUGCAAGAGUGCAGAACAAGACGCAGAUCACCAUCCGGAACCCACCUCAGAAGGAAUCCCCAUCGCCUAUUUCCAUGGCAUCCUCUCACCAUGGUACCUCCGCUCGUCAGAGCAGCAAUCCCUUACUGGCUGGUAGCAGUACUCUUCGAGUCACCAAGGCUGUUCCUCAACCUCAAAAGGUGCAGAGACCACCAGUAGUUGACUAUCCACACUUUGAUGAUGACUUAUUAAGUACUCCUCAACCAAAUCCCCCUAAGGUACAGCGACGCACACCAGAAAGUGUAAUGGCACAGAAUAGAGCCUGGGCUUCAGGACUCUCAGCCAGACUUCAUGCCCAUACUCAUACCCCGCCCCCAGGAACAAGACUCAUUAUCUCCAACCUGCAGAUCAGUGUUACAGUGGACGAUAUCAAGGAAUUAUUCGGAGCAAUUGGUGAAUUGAACAAGACAAGGAUGGUGAGACCAGGUCUUGCAGAGGUAGUCUACGUCAGCAGGACUGAUGCCCUUCAGGCAAUAAGCACUUAUCACAACCGGGAGCUUGACGGGAAGCCCAUGCUCUGUAAACUGGACACAAGCACCAUUCCUGAGGCAUCCGGGAACAGAACUAUGCCUAAUUCACUCAGUGACAGAUUCAAGACCAUGAGACCAGAGAACAAUCCAAAGCUACCCUUUGAAACCAUGCUAAAAGGAGGUGUACCUUCAGGCAUAGAUCCAGGAGUUGUCCAGAAAGCCCUCUUCAAGAAAGGAGCAGCUCCAUCAGCUCAGAAACCAGUGGUUUUCACAGUGAAAAUAUGACUUCAAACCCUCAUACUUGGGUUACUUCACAAACAUUGAGUUGGUUGUUUCUAUCCCCCUUGCGCUUAUGCCUGUUUUGUACGUUUAAUUUUAUGAAAAUAAUAUUGAUAUGAGAAGGAUAUUGCAUAUUCAGAAUCUGAGAUCAAAUGCUGGACAGAUGUCAUUGAUGAUGGCUUUGCUGUUUAUUGAUCAAAACAUACAGAGUUCGAUGUUCCUCUGACUCGGUAAAUAGAAUGCUGCAUCUUCAAAUUUGUGUAGUUUUGAAAAGACAGGAAAGGUGACACUUCCCCCAUUUUUCUCCCUUAAGGUGGAUUUCAUUUCCCGUGUAGGAAACCUAAUUAAUAAUAUUUGGAUGUAUGUUGUCAGAUCCUAUGAGGUCAGUGGAGUUGGAAUUCCUCAAACUAGCUAGUUAAAUACCUGAUUUUGAGUGUUCAGUUCAUUACUAUAAUAACCUUUAAAUUGAGGUUGUAUAAUUGUGUAUCUAUGAUGUUUUCCUUUUUCAGAGAAACAUGAUUUAGAAACCACCUGUCUAAUUUUAUGACAAUAUGAUUUGUUUCCUUUGAGAAUGUACAAGUUCAUGUAAUAAACAAUUAAUUGAGAGUUGAAAAUUAGAAUGAGUAAAAGAUCUCGCUAUCAUUGAGGUCAUUUGCGACAUCAAAUAUUGUAUCAUUGUAUUGUUUUGUAAGUAAAGUUAUCUAUGCCAAAUCGAAUCUCUGGACCAUGUCACUAAUAAAAUUGUAAAUUACUGGAGUAGUGAAUAAAUGGCUGCAAAAGAUAGUGAUGUAUGGGGAUGUGUGGCUAGACCAUAGUCAUGAUCAAAGGGUAAAUUGUCACUUUUCUACGCCCACAUGACAUUCUCUUUGGUCUCACCCCAGGUGGUCUCAUCCCAUUUUUGUCUGCAACCAGUUUGUCUACCACCCAUUUGGUCUACUAGCAAUUGCCAUGUAUUCCUUUUACCAUUUCAUCAGAUUCUAUAACUCACUUGGUCACACACUAGUUGGUCUAACACUACUAUGUCUAACACCACUAAGACAAACACCAUUAGUCUAUGUGAUUAGAUAAACUGUUCAUGAACAAAACUUUCAUUUGACAAAGUCUGAAUAAGUAAGAUGAGGUGGAAACUAGAAAUUGGCAGUUAGACAAAAUUGGUGGUAUUAAGGCAAUCUCAGAAGUAAACAACUGCUUGUACACCAAGUGGAUAUACCUAACAACAUAAUUUUAAAAAGUUCUCUACCAACAUUGAAUUGGUUUUGUUUUGUUUUGGAUGCAAUGAUUCUAUUUCAAAAGUUAUGCUAAUUUUACAUCUGAAACUUGAAAUCAACUGUAUGGCAAUUCCAUAAAAUAACCUUUUUGUACGUCCAGCCCCAAUUUUUUUACUUCACUUCAUAAACUGACCAAGUUAUUGAUGGUCUUUUGAGAGCAUUACAGACUGUCAAAAGAACCGGAAAUCAGAGACAGGAAAUGUCAUGAAGGUCUCACAUAUAGGGGGUCGGACAUACAUUCAAAGUACCUUGAAUAAUCACAUAUGGUGUGAUUGAUUGCCAAGAAGCUCCAUGCCCUGUCCCUUUUGUAUGUCCAUUUUUUUUUUCAAUUGCAUGAUAUGAAUGAUUUUUUCUAAAAUGUUUGUACGACUUACAUGUAUACUGUAUAUGAUUUUUUAAAUAAAUUUGAUUGGGUUAGUGACAGUUUAAAGGUAGGUUAGGCAGGGGGUGGGGUGUGUUUGGAAGAUGUCUAAUGAAUAUGACCAACAAUUGAAAUUUGUAUGUCUAGCUAGAGACCGUGUUGUAGAUUGACAUGGGUUUUUGGAUACUGCAAGAAAGAAAGCUUCAAAUAAUUUCUGUAGAAGAGUUGUUACUGUUUAUGUGAUUGUACAUAGGUAAUAUACAAUGAGACAUUUUCAUGGUAUUCUCUAGCAAAUGGAAAUUGAAGUACAUGUGUCGAAACGUCUUGGAUGUUUAUUUUUACGUAAAUAUAUUCUUGAGCUUUUCUUCAGGAUAUUAUAUAUGCUAAAAAUAUAGAUCUAUGUAUGUUUUUCUUUGUACAUUAAAUGUUGAAAAUAACCAUAUCAGCUGAAGUUCUUAAAAAAAAAAAAACUGAGCUAAGCUUUGUCAAGAAAAGAAAAUACAAAAAAGGCACAAUCUCAUUUGAAUUUCAUAUUUGACCUUUUUUUCAUCCAUAACAAUGGUUGAUAUCACCUUCAGUGUUGAAAGCUGGUGGUGGUUUUGGGAUGAUUUUACACUGGCCAGAGCACCAAAAUUGAAAUAAAGCAGGUGCUUGGGACAGACACAACUUGUUACUCCUUUAGUAAUGUGAUUGGUGUCCAUAAUUAAUUUUGACUCUGGAGAGAUAUGUUUGGCAGUCAGAUGCAUGCUUCUAAGUUCUAACACAACACCAACACCCAUGCUAACACCAAACUUUAAAUCAACACAUGCAUUUUAUGUUAAGAGAGUUUCUGAAUAGUUCAAUGAAGAUAAUAUUGCACUCUAUCUUAAAUCCAACAAUUAUUGUAUGAUACUUAAUAGAGUUCUUUGGUAGUUUUUGAUCUCAAAGCAAAGAAUGACUAUUCUGAAGCAAAUUUGUAGAACUUUGUGCAAAAUUUUAUCUCCUGGCACAAAUAUGAAUGAUAGUAGCUUCUCUGAAAAUAUUUAGGCUUGCAUUUACCAUUGGUUGUCAAAUAUGGGAAGUAUGUACAGAUCUUUUUUUAUUAAAAUAAAUUGAAUGUCUCCUAGUGAAUUGGAAACAAAAUGAUAA